AUGGGCAAGGUCAAGUACGUUAUGCUCGACUGCGACAACACGCUCGUCCAGUCCGAGCGACUGGCCUUCGAGGCCUGCGCCGAGCUCACCAACGAGGUGCUCGAGAAGCACAACAUCGAGCAUCGCUACACCACGGACCAGCUGCUCGAGGACUUUGUCGGCCACAACUUCCGCGGCAUGCUCAAGGGCCUGCAGGCGAAGCACAACUUCAAGAUGGAGGAUGCCGAGCUCGAGGACUACGUCGAGCGCGAGCUUGGUGCCGUUACCAAGAAGCUCAGCGAGAAGGCCAUUGAGUGCCCCGGCGUCACCGACGAGCUCAACAGGCUCAAGGAGCAGGGCUACCCGAUGUCCGUCGUCAGCACUUCGGCCAAGAGCCGCGUCGUGGCCUCUCUCGAGAAGACCAAGAUCGACCACUUCUUCCCUACCGAGCACGUCUACUCGGCUGCCACGUCGCUCAACCCCCCGACCUCGAAGCCCGACCCCGCCAUCUACAUCCACGCCUGCAAGGAGCUGGGCGUCAAGCCCGAGGAGUGCGUCACCGUCGAGGACAGCAAGAGCGGUGCCACGGCCGCCAUGCGCGCCGGCAUCCCGUGUAUUGCCUACGUCGGCAUCUACGGCAUCGAGGAGGGCAAGGAGAAGAUGGACGAGAUGGCCAAGCUCCUCACCGACCAGACCAAAGCCGCCACCGUCAUGUACGACUGGAAGGACUUCCAGAAGUGCCUGAAGGAGGUCGAGAGCAAGAUCUAG